GCGUCCCGGUUGCCUGGAUACCGAGCGCGUCCGUAGUGGCGGCUGGUGCUCGGGAACUGCAGGGUCUAGGGUGUUGCUGGAGUGGCAGUUGGUCCGAAUUUCUCCCGAAGCCCGCGGAGGAGCGGGUAAGAGCCCCGCGAAGCCGGCCCCAACCUCGGGAACGGGAUGGGAGGCGGCCCUGGCCCCAAGCCCCGCGCUGCUAGCGGGUCCACCGCGUCCUAGCCGACAGCCGCCCUUCUUCCUCGCAGCGCGCCGCGAUUCACCAGCCUGGUCCCUUCUGCGGAGAGCGAUGCCGCUUCCCGACACCAUGUUCUGCGCUCAGCAGAUCCACAUUCCCCCGGAGCUGCCGGACAUCCUGAAGCAAUUCACCAAGGCUGCCAUCCGCACCCAGCCGGCCGACGUGCUGCAGUGGUCCGCGGGCUAUUUUUCAGCUUUGUCAAGAGGAGAUCCACUUCCUGUAAAGGACAGAAUGGAAAUGCCCACGGCAACCCAGAAAACAGACACAGGCCUGACUCAAGGACUCCUGAAAGUUUUGCACAAGCAGUGUCACCAGAAGCGGUAUGUGGAAUUAACAGAUCUUGAGCAGAAGUGGAAGAACUUGUGCCUGCCGAAGGAAAAAUUCAAAGCGCUCUUACAGCUGGAUCCUUGUGAAAACAAAAUCAAGUGGAUAAACUUUUUAGCACUUGGAUGCAGCAUGCUUGGUGGGUCCUUGAACACUGCGCUGAAGCACCUGUGCGAGAUCCUCACGGACGAUCCGGACGGCGGGCCCGCUCGCAUCCCCUUCAAGACGUUUUCCUACGUUUACCGCUACUUGGCCAGAUUAGACUCAGAUGUGUCUCCCUUGGAGACGGAAUCCUACCUUGCCUCUCUAAAGGAAAAUAUAGCCGCCAAGAAGAAUGGCAUGAUAGGACUUUCAGAUUUCUUCUUUCCAAAGAGGAAACUUUUAGAAAACAUUGAAAACUCUGAAGAUGUAGGCCAUUAAUACAGAGAAGAAUACAUUUUAAUGUCAAAAUAGUGCUCUUUAAAAUUCUGGCACCAAAUACAACUUACCCUGAAUCACA